AUGAUUGCCCAGCGCCUAGCUUCAACGAGCUUCCGGUGCUGCCUCCCUUACGUCGUGUUUCGGUUCGCUCAGGUCCAGCCCAGUCCCGAUUCGAUCGCGUUCCACCCACCGGCCGGUUGGUGCAUUGCUGGGCAGAGAGCCCUGGCUGGGUUGGGUGUUUUCCCCAUUCUGCCACUGCACCAUUCAACGAGCAACGACACCUGCAAGAAGGAGGAAAUAGUCGUCGUGGGGGAACCAACGUCAUGCUGCUGGGAAUCGAUAACAGUCCCUCUCACUCUUCAAGGUUGGGUUUCUGCCUGUAUUGCUUCACUCUUCCUUCUUAACCUACCAAGCCCGGCCGGGAAAUAUACCUGCGUCGGAACAAGUACCGCGGCGGGGCGUCAGGUACCAACGGAUACAAAUUACAGCAGCAAGGUGACGUUUUGUCCAAUUACAGCUUUCGUUCUUGUUUCCGUCCCCCCUUCUUUUUUCCCCUUCUCCUGUGCCCUUCCUUCCCCUGUUUCCGCUUGUUCCAACUUGCAGCUGCAGCCCUCGGGACGUUAUCGUUAUCGAUAG